AGUGGGACCUGCUGCGGCCGGAUCUGCGCCUGGGCUCGGCGGAGCUGCGGCGGCAGAGCCAGCGUGAUGGACGCUCUCUCUGAAGCAAACGGCACCUUCGCCCUCCGCCUUUUAAAGAUACUGUGCCAAGAUGACCCGUCACACAACGUGUUUUAUUCUCCUGUGAGCAUCUCCUCUGCCCUGGCCAUGGUCCUCCUGGGGGCAAAAGGAGACACCGCUGCCCAGCUGGCCCAGGUGCUUUCUUUAAACACAGAGAAAGACAUUCACCAGGAUUUCCAGGCACUUCUUGCCGAGCUGAACAAACCCAGCACUCGGUACUUGCUCAGAACGGCCAACAAGCUCUUUGGGGAGAAGUCUCGUGAAUUUCUCUCUACCUUCAAGGAAUCCUGUCUUCGGUUCUACGAUGCGGAGCUGGAGCAGCUCUCCUUCGCCAGCGCUGCAGAGGCAUCCAGAAAGCAGAUAAACGCUUGGGUCUCUAAAAAGACAGAAGGUAAAAUUCCAGAGGUGCUGCCAUGGAACUCAAUUGAUGAGCAGACCAGGCUGGUUCUUGUCAAUGCCGUCUACUUCAAAGGAAGGUGGGACCAGCAAUUUGACAAAAAGUACACGAGGGAGAUGCCUUUUAGGGUAAACCAGAAGGAGCAGAGGCCGGUGCAGAUGAUGUUUCAGGAGGCAACGUUCAGACUCGGGCGCGUGGAGGAGGUGCCGGCCCAGGUCCUGGAGCUGCCCUACGAGGACCGGGAGCUGAGCAUGGUCGUCCUGCUCCCCGACGACCACGUGGCUCUGAGCGAGGUGGAGAGACAGCUCACCUUUGAGAAACUCCUGGCCUGGACGAAGCCGGAACGCAUGCAGAGCCUCGACGUGGAAGUUUUCCUCCCGAGGUUUAAGCUGGACGCGAGUUACGACCUGGAGUUGCUGCUCGGGCAUUUGGGGGUGGUGGACGCCUUCCAGCAGGGCAAGGCCGACUUCUCGGCCAUGGCCCCCGAGCGGGACCUGAGCCUGUCCACCUUCGUGCACAAGAGUGUGGUGGAGGUGAACGAGGAAGGCUCGGAGGCGGCGGCGGCCUCGGCCCUGGUGCUGAUGGAGUGCUGCAUGGAGUCCGGGCCCAGGUUCUGCGCCGACCACCCCUUCCUCUUCUUCAUCAGGCACAACAAGGCCAAGAGCAUCCUCUUCUGUGGCAGGUUUUCCUCCCCGUGAGCGGUGCACCCGCCUCGCGCGGGAGCCUGUCCCCUUCUGCGGCCCUGAGUCCCCCCACCAAGCCCCAAGGGUGGCCAGGCAGACGCCCACCCGCUCCACGCGCCUUCCCCAGGCGGACCACUCAUCCACGCCCCUCAGUCCAGACCGCAGGCCUGCAGGCUCUAAGGAUGCCCUGGGGCAUUUAAGACGCAGCCCGGAUCCCACAGGACGGCGGGCAGCGUGUCCCCACAUGACCCCAGACUUCCUCGCUGCCCUUGUCCGCGCUCACUGACAUCUCAACUCUGGUCACACCCGUGCCUCAGCCUCUUGCGAUAGUAAAUAGAUGCCACUAGCCGUCGCUACUGUUUUAU